AUGUAUCUUCUCUUUGCGACUGGCAUACACACGGCCGUGGCCUUAUUCGGCCUGGUAGUCGUCACCUUGUCAGCAGUUUUGGUCUUGUGUCUCAAAUUCUUUUAUGUGGACUUCUCCAAGAUCAAAGGCAUUCCUGAGAUCCCUGGCGGGAGGCUGCUGGCCGGCCAUCUACCUCACUUGGGCAACGACCAUGCUACCACGGCGGCAUCGUGGUCUGCCAAAUAUGGAUGGCCUGUUUUCCAGUUUAGAAUGGGACGCCGACGGGCUAUCAUGAUCAACUCAUUUGAGUCAGCCCGAGAAUGGCUGGUAAAGAACCAGUCAGCCACCGUCGACCGGCCGUGGUUCUAUACAUUUCACGGAGUUAUUUCAAAGACAUCCGCGGCAACCAUCGGCACAUCUCCAUGGAACGAGAGGACUAAGAAGCAGAGGCGGGUUGUUGGCUCGUUCACGACUGGGCCAGCAAUGAAGAAGAUGCACGGGAUGCUACAUAUGGAGACAUGCGCCGUCAUCUCCAGGAUUUAUUAUGACAGCCUGAAGGGGGCAGUUGACAUCGUGCCUCAUGUGUAUCAGAAGCGUCUCUCUCUCAAUCUCAUGAUGAUGCUUUGCUAUGGUACACGAUUCAAUUCGGUUGAAGAUCCAAUGCUUCUCCAGAUUCUCGAAGACGCAAAAACAAUCGCAAGCUUCCGAUCCACAAACUCCAACCCCCAAGACUUUAUUCCUCACUUGAGGUACCUGGGCACCAACCGACGCACUGUCACUGCAAAGCAAGUUCGAAACCGACGAGAUAGCUGGCUUGCAACUAUGUUCAGUAAUGUUCAGAACAGCCACAACAGACUACGUCCUGGUGAUAAGAAAUGCGUGGCUGAAAUGCUUCUUGAAGACAACCAUGAGGGCCUUACCAAGCUUGACAUCAAAACAAUUCUCGGUGGUCUGAUGUCUGGCGGAUUCGAAACAAUCUACUCGACCGUCAUCGUCACGCUUGGGGCUCUGUCAACGCCCUGGGGACAAGAGGUACAAAACAAGGCAUACGAAGACAUGAUAGGUGCCUACGGUUCACAUGAGAACGCAUUCGAGCAAUGCCUUCUCGAAGAGAAAAGCCAGUACGUCUCCGGUUUGGUCAAAGAAGCUUUGCGCUUUUACCCGCCCCACAAGAUUCUCCCAGCCCGACAGGUCUACAAAGACUUCACGUAUGCGGGAACCACCAUCCCCCAAGGGAUGCUUAUCUACAUCAACAACCAAGCCGUCAGUUUUGGUACGGUUUCUAUUUGAAAAUGCCAUGGGUUUCUGCCUGCUGACUAGUAACAUAGACAAAGAGACGUACGGCCCUGACGCUCAUGAGUUCC